GUCUGCUAUACCUUACGCCUGGGCCCGUCCGCGUCUCAGCUAAACCUGGCCCUCCCUAAAACUCUAUUUCUCCCCGCAAAUCCUCGUGUUCCUGCUCUGGAUUCGUGUGUGAAUUUCUUAGGGUAAACUCGGCUCCAGCGCGCGGAAAGAGGAGGCGCCUUUCCGUUCAAACGAUGCCAAGAAUUUGACAUUGCUGAUCCCUUUGAUCUACCAGGAAUUCACCUCCUUCAAAAGAUGCGUUCAAGUGUGGACGCUGCAACGAGCCAAAAUGGCCGCCGCACCACUGUCAACACCACCGUCAAUCACACCAACACCGGAAACUCGGGCUCCCAGUACGCCCUGUGUGCCCUGGGCGUGGGUCUGGUGGCGCUGGGCAUCGUCAUGAUUGUGUGGAGCGUGGUUCCAGCUGAUCCCACUAACAACAACAACAAUAGCAAUAGCUCUAACCCCGACCCAACCGGGAAGAAGAGCAAAGCGUCGUCCGUGGCCUUUGUUUUGGUGGGCUGUGGAGUGGCAAUCCUGCUUCUGUCCAUGUGUUUGGGAAUGAGGAACAAGCAGAGAGAGCAGCAGUUUCUACAGCAGCAGAUGCAAGCUCAGCGCCAGGUGACAACAGGGCAGACCGACGCUGAAACAGCCGAGGAGCAGGACCAGCGCUAUGCAGUGCCCACCUACGAGGAGGCAGUGGGUAGCGGGCAGUACCCAGUCCGACAGAGCAACCUGCGCCCAAGCGUCUCCCAGCUCCCCUCCUACGACGACCUGGUGCCCCCAGACAAUCUGCAGUACGAGUCUGAGGGAGCCAGCGCCAACACAAUCACCGCAACUAUAAACGAUCAACCCGCUAACGCUAACCGCAAACUGGGUAAAAACAAACUUCUGCCCAUCAAGAUUCGAAGGAUAAAAUCUGAAAAAUUGCACGUGAAAGAUGAUGAAAUACCCCAAGCGCCUACACAUAUGAGUAUUGAACCUCUAACCCCACCACCACAGUAUGAAGACAAGGUGCCUCCGCUUUAAACUUUGGAAAUGUUUGUUUGAAAUUUCAAUCGUCCGCCAUUUUGAGCCGAAACUUUAAAAAUAGACAAACCAAAUGGCACUUUAUAAAACGAUAUCUUGAAACGCAAUGCCAUAUUCUUGCAAAGCACUGAAUGGUUUCACAGGAUGGAUCUGAGAAAAAGCAGUCGGUGCCAAAGGACUUGAUGAGAAUUCAAGUGCACUUCUAAUUCAGACAUUACAGCAGUGAGAAUUAUAUGGCAAGGAUAUAAGCUUCACCAAACUUCACCAGCUUGACGGAUGCUGUGCGCUAUCUUUGCUGCUCUCGCUUUAAAUAAUGUCAAAAUAUCAGCUCUUUAAGGAUUUGGUAUCACACAAAAUCAGGGCUGGCUACAGUUUACUAUUAAAAUUACAUAAAUGGUUGAUAUUGGUUAAAAUGCAUGCAGUAUUUGGCAGAUUGAAAAGUACCAAUUUUAUGCCAGAUGCCCUGUGGAUAAUUGUUAAAUACUACAGCAUAAUUCAACAUCACAUUUUACAUCAGAUGCCCUUCCUGUCAAGAGAUAGUCAGCAGAUAACUAUUUAUUAUAUACAUGCUGCAUACUUUAUCUUACCUAAUUUGUCUCAGGAAGUGCCCACUGCCAAUUCAUCCCAUGCCUUUGUCUAUAUUUGAGCUGGAUUUUUGCAUUUUUCACCUUGUUUACAAAUGCCUCUUUUGUGACCUUUUCAGUGUCUUUCAAAGUAUUUAGAUUUUUAUACGUUGUGCUGUCUAUUUCCUAAAACUUGUGUUACUCUAUUUAAUUUUUUUUUUACAAACAGAAUGUCCUUUAAAAAGAUAAAUUGCCUUCUGUAUUCUAGUGAUACAUUAGAAGUUGGCACUUUAGAAAUCAGUUUAAUACCUCGUGCUGUAAAAAAAAAAAUGGAGCUUAACCUGUUUUAAUUUGCAUAUAUAGACUGGAAAGAGAGUUGCCUUAAAUAUGCUGUAUGUAAUAAGUACACGCUCUACUGCACAUUGGAGGCCAAGUAAAGUUUGUAUUGUAUUACCUUUACCUACUACACAACCAACAUUACAUAGUGUUGCUUUAAUGGCAAAUCUAGGAAGCUUCUGUAUUAAUGAAAAUGGUACCCUCAGGUGUUUUCCAGUCCGCCGCUUAAGUCAUUUGCAGGUCACCAAUAAUACGAAAUUACAUCUUGGAAAAAUAAAUGACUGACAUUCCCAUUACUUUUUAUAGUCCACUGCAGUGUCAUCUGAAGUUGAAGUUUGUAGGAAAGCAAGUGCCUCUUUUAAAACAGAUUAUCGGCCAUAACAUUACAACCACCUUCCUUUGCGCCUUUUGACAUAUACUGAUUAUUUUAUUUUCCAUUACCAGUACAAUCCAUGGGUUUCAAAGUCAUUGAAAAACAGCUCCGUUGCCAUAGCAGUUUACAUUUAAAAACAAAAUAGCAUAUCUUUUGAAUGGUCAAAUGUCCUUAAAAUGGCGCCUUAAAACAGGAAGUUGGAAGUCCAGGAAUAACUGGUUUACAAUGAUUUCUAUGCAAUGUUGACUCAUCAUUCAGAACUAAUUAUCUUUCAAACAAGAAUAGUAAUAGUAAUAUUCAAAUAUAUAGCCUAAUAACAAUUUGUGAAAGCCAGCCUGGUAUUGACAGUAAAUACCAGUAGCUGUGUACCUUUUUAUCAAGUUACCACCACCAUAAAAGUAUUGUUUGACCUUGACAUACCAUAGUAAUUGUAGAACACUAACUUCCCCACUUCAUUAUUCCUACAUAUUUAAGUAUGACAUGUUCUUAACAACAGGGCAGUGGAGAAGUAAAGGGUAUGUGAAUAGUUCGUGGUAUUUCCCUUGUAGCUAUGGAGAUUUGACCCCAGCACACAGAGCCCCUUUGAUGGUGCAGCUGUGGCUAUCUAUGUCACUCAUCAUCAUUCCUUUUUAAUGCACAAAACUAUUCAAAGAAUUAACUGGGCUGAUGGAGCGUGAACAACAGAAAGACUAUAGGACACGUGGCACUGAAAUUGAGCUUGUUCAACAUUACACGUGCAUAUUUUCCACAUUAACUUCAUUGAAAGAAAUUAAAAUAUAAGGUUAUGGUUAAAUAUUUACUUGUUUUGGCAUGUUGUUUGGAUGGAUAGAUAGUUAUGCCAGAUGCCCUUUCUCAUGCAACACUUACGUUUCCAGGUUAGGGAUCAGCGAAACAGUGUGAUAUCUUGUAACUCCAUUAUAUUUCAAAAUAUUACAUAUUUUAACAUCAUUAUUUCAACUUGGCAAUUAUGCCUGUUUGUGUUAAAUCUAACUUGUUUUAUUUAUUGCAGCAAAAAAUGUGUGAAUGGAUGUGACUUGUAGUCCUGCUGUACCAAUCUUGCUCUAAAAGUAUUUGUUUUUAAUACAGAUUUGUAUUUUUUAUAAUGUAAUGGACAAUUUGUCAUUUAUACUUUAAAUAUUUGAAUUUAUUUUACAUGAUAUGCAAUAUUUCUUUUUCAUGUUUGCAAACCGAUGCAGCAUCUCCUUCUCAUGGCUGUUUUCUGAAUUUUAUAAUGUUUGUACUGUGAAAACCUCUCUUCUGUAAAUAUUCUGUUUUUGUUUAUUGUCACAAUUGUGGGAAUAUUUCCACGAGUGUUUUAUAAAUAAAAUAACAUAUUUGCUAAGU